AUGGCAGUACGCGUGCAACACCUCGUCCCCUACAGCAGGAUCAACAGAAAGGUCGCCAAUACUUUAAGGGUGAGUUUCGAACGCGGUCGCUUUCUCGAAUCCGCGCUUUUGAUAUACGCUCGAUUGCUGCCGCCUCAGGACACUAGGAGCAUUGCGGAAGCGCUGAGGAAGACAUCACAACCCUUGACACAGCGAACACAACUCAGUACUGAGGCUGGCACUGGCUUCUCCCAACACCUCACGUGGUCAUUGCAACAAAAGGAGACUCAAAACAGACCACCACCACCACCACCACCACCACCACCACCACUACCUAACGCUGUGUCCAGGCUGGAAUGUGUGACCUCUCUGCCAGGAAUCUCACCGUCUUCUCACACUCUGACACCAAGUACCUCACAACAUCACCUGCAAUACUACACCUCUGAGCCCCCCCGGAGUGUGGCUACUGCGAGGCGCUGCUGGCCUUCACACUCCAUCCCCUGCGCCCUCCUGUCAUUACAUCGCCUUUCCAGCGAAGGCAUUACUGCGAUGGUUAUGCGGCUUUUGAGGGGAGUAGCAGCCGCCCAUCGCUGGGAAGGACGCGCCUCACCCUGGCGGCCCUGCUCGGUCCCUUCCACGACUCGCAGCGAGAGAGAGAGGUCGAGGUGCGGUGGUCUCGUGGCGGAAGCCUGAAGAAGGCGGUGAAGGAGUGAAGGUGUUAAGUGUGCAGCUUCCACUUCAUCAUCCCAUGUUGCAGUAAGAAGAGUGUGUCAAGAAUUUCAAGCAGGAAGAACACGUAAAAUUCCCUUCAAGUCAUGGCGGGACCGACAGGCAACCUUCAACACUUGUGGAGGCACGAGAGCUGCAGGCAGUUUCACAAAGAAGAGGUUGCUCCUCACUCAAGUUGAUGCAAGGACACAAGAAUUGGCAAGUGUUGUUGCUCCCAGGCCCUGCUGCAAGAGUUCUCCAGUCCACUCCAGUCUGGGAAGGAAGAAUGUAGCAAGUCCUUCUCUUCUGUACUCAACAACCACCACCACCACCUUCAUUCAGGCUUGGGAUAAGUUUUGUACAUUCCAGCACUUCAGUAAUAAGGAAAAAAAGUGCCAUGUUUAUAUUAUUGUUGUGUAUUUAUUCACUUAACAUUCACAUUAAAACAAUAAACAUUCAGUAUACCAUCUUGAACAUAA